UGUGUGUGCGUGUGUGUGUGUGAUUGUGUGUGUGUGUGUGUUGUCAUUGUGAAAGUGUGUGUGUAUGUGUGCUCCAGCUCUCUCAGCGUUAGCAUCUCCCUCCAGCUCUCUCAGGUCUUGGUUCCAGCAGGCCCAGGUACCGUUGGUUCCAGCAGGUCCAGGUACCAUUGGUUCCAGCAGGCCCAGGUACCGUUGGUUCCAGCAGGCCCAGGUACCAUUGGUUCCAGCAGGUCCAGGUACCAUUGGUUCCAGCAGGCCCAGGUACCGUUGGUUCCAGCAGGUCCAGGUACCAUUGGUUCCAGCAGGUCUUGGUUCCAGCAGGUCCAGGUACCAUUGGUUCCAGCAGGUCUUGGUUCCAGCAGGCCCAGGUACCGUUGGUUCCAGCAGGUCCAGGUACCAUUGGUUCCAGCAGGUCUUGGUUCCAGCAGGUCCAGGUACCAUUGGUUCCUGCAGGUCUUGGUUCCAGCAGGCCCAGGUACCGUUGGUUCCAGCAGGCCCAGGUACCGUUGGUUCCAGCAGGUCUUGGUUCCAGCAGGUCCAGGUACCGUUGGUUCCAGCAGGUCUUGGUUCCAGCAGGUCCAGGUACCAUUGGUUCCAGCAGGUCUUGGUUCCAGCAGGCCCAGGUACCAUUGGUUCCAGCAGGUCCAGGUACCGUUGGUUCCAGCAGGUCCAGGUACUGUUGGUUCCAGCAGGUCCAGGUACCAUUGGUUCCAGCAGGUCCAGGUACUGUUGGUUCCAGCAGGUCCAGGUACCGUUGGUUCCAGCAGGUCCAGGUACUGUUGGUUCCAGCAGGUCCAGGUACCGUUGGUUCCAGCAGGUCUUGGUUCCAGCAGGUCUUGGUUCCAGCAGGCCCAGGUACCAUUGGUUCCAGCAGGUCUUGGUUCCAGCAGGUCCAGGUACCGUUGGUUCCAGCAGGUCCAGGUACCGUUGGUUCCAGCAGGUCCAGGUACCGUUGCUCGUCUCAGAGGGAGGGUUUUAACCCAAACCACAAUUCUUUCUUUCUAAUCUGAACUACUGGCGUGGUGUUAUCUACGUCUUUCCCACCAGAAAGGUGUCUGCUGCUGCUGCUACUGCUGCUGCUGCUGCUGCUGCUGCUGCUACUACUACUACUACUAC